AACCGACCGGCUCGGCCUCCGGCGCGGGCGCGCGACCAUGGGCGACCCCGGCAGGCAGGACAUCCUGGCCGUCUUCAGGCGCCUCCGCUCGGUGCCCACCAACAAGGUGUGUUUUGAUUGUGGCGCCAAAAACCCCAGCUGGGCGAGCAUCACCUACGGGGUGUUCCUGUGCAUCGACUGCUCGGGGUCUCACCGGUCCCUCGGGGUUCACUUGAGUUUCAUUCGAUCCACGGAGCUGGAUUCUAACUGGUCUUGGUUUCAGCUGCGCUGCAUGCAGGUCGGGGGAAAUGCUAAUGCCGCCUCCUUCUUCCAUCAACAUGGCUGUGCCACCAGUGACACGAAUGCCAAGUACAACAGCCGGGCUGCCCAGCUCUACAGGGAGAAGGUCAAGUCCCUCGCCACCCAGGCCACACGGAAGCAUGGCACCGACCUGUGGCUCGACAGCUGUGUAGUUCCGGCUUUGUCACCUGCACCCAAGGAAGAAGAUUUCUUUGCAUCUCAUGCUUCUCUUGAGGGGAGCGGUGCAGGCUGGGAUGUGGCACAAGCAGAGAUGCCAUCUCUUAUGCCGAGGGCCGUGGAGGCUGCCCCAGCCCACAGCGAAGAUGCACCGGAACAAGGACCAAGCGUGGAAGGUCUUAACAUGCCCACGAAGGCUCCAUUAGAGGUUUCCUCUAUCAUAAAAAAGAAACCAAAUCAAGCCAAAAAAGGACUUGGGGCCAAGAAAGGAAGUUUGGGAGCCCAGAAACUGGAGAAUAUGAGUUUCAGUGAGAUCGAAAAACAAGCCCAAGCUGUGGAUAAAAUGAAGGAACAGGAAGACCUGGCCAGGGCGGCUCCUAAGGAAGAAUCAAUAGUCUCGUCGUUGCGAUUAGCUUAUCAGGACCUGGAAAUCCAAAUAAAGAGAGAUGAGAAGAUGAACCUGAGUGGCAAAAAAAAGAUGGAGUCGGAGAGACUUGGCAUGGGGUUUGGAAACUGCAGAAGUGGCGUCUCACACUCGGUGGCCUCGGACCUGCAGACCAUCGAGCAGGAGACCCCAGUCACAGCCACGCCCAGGAGGAAGUACGGCGGCGACAGCGAGGACCUCUACUUCACCUCCAGCUCCAGGUACUUUGAGGAGCCGAUGGAGUUCAGGACCAGUUCUUUUUCCAGCUGGGAUGACAGUUCAGACUCCUAUUGGAAAAAGGAGACCAUCAAAGACAGGGACCCGGUUCUGAAGACCCUGGGCCACCCAGACAGGCCUGCUGCUCGCCGCAAGCCAGACUACGAGCCCGCUGUGAGCACCGAUGAGGCCCAGAAGAAGUUUGGCAACGUCAAAGCCAUUUCAUCAGACAUGUACUUUGGGAGACAAGCCCAAGCCGACUACGAGACCAGGGCCCGGCUGGAGAGGCUUUCGGGGAGCUCCUCCAUCAGCUCCGCAGACCUGUUCGAGGAGCAGAGGAAGCAGGCAGCAGGAAACUACGCCCUGACGAGCGUGCUGCCCGCCGCGCCGGACAUGGCCCAGCUGAAGCAGGGCGUGCGCACCGUGGCCGGGAAGCUCUCCGUCUUCGCCAACGGGGUCAUGACUUCCAUCCAGGACCGCUACGGCUCCUAGGCCCGUCCGAGCCCCCUGCAGGAGCCUCCUCCCUCGGGCCAGGGCCGGCCAGGCCGCCACGGAAGGAGCCACUUUGGCAGAUCGUUUUGCUACUUUUCACAUCGUACACGCACUUGAUUAUUGCCUUUGAGAAUCCCUGUUCCGAUGCAGAGCUGACCGUAACGUCCGGUGUCACCCGCGCGUGCGCUCCCGCCUGCCCGAGCCUGCCCUGCUUUCAUCUUGGGACCUUUAGCUCUAACCGCGGGGAGCUGGAGACCCCUCCCUCCGCUCUCCCAGCACCGGGAGCCCCACGUGGGGCCCCAGCGCCCCGUUGCCGACCGGGCUGGAGGCAGGGGACCCGCAGCGCACGCAGCCUUCAGAAGAGGGAGCCCAGAAUAAAAACAAAAGACCGAAAAUGACCCUUGUCCGGUGCGACAAACUGCUUCACUUGUGUUUCACAUAUUAAGGUGAUUUCAAAAUAAUGUUUCCAGUCAUCCGUCCCUUUGUAAAUUGUUUAUUUUGUAGGAUCUAUAAAUUUAAAAAUAAUUUUCAGUGAGUGCUUCUUAACACAACUGAGCUUCCACACGGCCAAGGGAAUUAAUUUUCUCUUCGGACGCGGUGUUGCUGUUUGAGCUUCAGAGAAAUGUAAGACGAGACUCCCCGGGCUGCUUAUAAAUGGGCGUGGUACGCAGAGCUGCAGAGAGUAAUGCAAGCAGGUGCGCCCCCAGAGAACGCCUCACUGUAGGGGAAAAUAUCAUUGAGUAGUUUGUUAAUAUUUUUUAUCUUAAUCUUGGGUUUGCAAAAAUUACAGCAUAUGUGUAAAUGAAUAAAGAAAAAUAAUUGGCUGUGUUUUAGACAGCAGUAGAAUAUAUUGUUCAGCAAAGUAAAAUAUAUUUGAAAUUUGAACCAGAGAUGUGGUUUCAGCUGAAUAUUUUGUGAAUCUUUCUUAAAACCUAAAAUUUGUAGCCUUCUAAAUGGAAUAAAGAGUUACA